UGUCCGUUAUCCAUCUCUCCCUCUCUCUGAUUUUGUUUUUUUCUUUUUCUUGUUCGUUUUCAAUUCCUUCUUGCCUCCAGCUGUGCCCCUGGAUACGUAAAUUAAGCUCACCAGACCUUAAUUUUUAUUUUUCGAGCUCUUUAAGGCAGGCCUGGGUUUCGAUAAGGGUGUGGGCGGCCGGAAAAUGGGAGUCCAGGUCGCCGGAACCUACGUGCACUGGUCCUGGCAGCUGCAGCCCACCCAUGCCCCCUCUUCUUCCUCCCACAUCUUGGCUUCCGUUUUCUCCUCUCUCAGCUCUAGGAGAAAUGGAUGCAUCAUCGGCGGCGAUCGCGCCCUCACCUAUCACCUUGCUAACCACCCCCGCUCACCGUUCCUCGGGGCCUGGUUGCUGCCCCGCACUCGAUCCUUGGAGAUCCCCAAAGGAAGCCGAAGGCGAAGAAGGGAGCAUAACCUAUGGGGGGCUUGCAGUGGUAGCCUUGAAAGCUUCGCUGGUGACGACGGCGAUGAGGAGGAGGAGGAGGAGGAGGAGGAGGAGUUCGUUAAGAGGCUCCAGGAGUUAGCCGAUAUCAAUUCCGCAUCAAGAACAAAUCACGAUGCAAAGAGCAGCAGCAGCACUACUAUUAGUUAUGAUGACGCCUUCUCCUCCUGCUACUCUGUUUCCUCCUCUUCUCUACGGUCCUCCUCUGAGCCCUCGAUCGAGCCUCCCUGGCUCUCCGGCAGGCCGGAACCGCCGGACUGGCUGGCGAGCGUGGAGCGGAACGCAAGCAGCGUGGAUAUGCCACUCUCCCUGCGGAUUAUAAAACGGAAGAAGAAGGGAUCCUUCUUGAGAGAGGCGGGCGAGUCCGCCUGCUGCUCCGUGAUGAAGGCUUUCUCCUCCAUGGUGUUCAUCGUCCGGGAGCUCCAUAGCUUCGCCCUCCAAAUGCGAUGGACCCUCUUGUACGAGGAUCUCCAAGGGAUCCUGGUCAAGGUCCAACAGGAGAUCCACACUUCCUUCGUCUGGCUCUUCCAGCGGAUCUUCUCCUGCACGCCGACCCUCAUGGUUUCUCUCAUGCUCCUCCUCGCCAACUACACCGUCUACUCUAUGGGGCACUCCACCUCUAUCGCCGCCGCCGCCGCCGCGCCUAAUUCUUCGCCGCCCCACCAAUCCGCCGUCGUCACCGUCGUAGACGACGACCGACAACAGAGUAAUAACCAGCCGGGACUCGAACCUUCCUACAUCACGAGAAGAAUGGCCUCGGUUGGUGGAGGCGGCGGAGGAAAGGUGAGGCCGGUGGCGGGGGCCACAGAUGACGGACGGUCCGACGGAUCCUCUUCGUCGUCGUACCGGAGCCGCACGAUUCUUCCCGACGGGAUCUCAGUAGUCAUGGAAGGAGGUACAGAGGGGGAGGGCUCGGCAGCUGAGACGGAAGAGGAGGCGGCGAGGGUUCGGAGCAGGAUAGUGGAGGAAGCUUCUAUAAUGCAUGCGAGCAUGAAGGAUGGGGCGCUGAUGGACCCCGACACGUUGAAGCGGCUGGUGGCGCCCGUUUCGGUGGAUUUGGAACCGGAGGACUACUCGGAAUACUUGCGGACGGAGCUCAAUUACCGGCUGGCUCUGGCCCAAGAGCCCGACAAUCCCCUUCUCCUGUCGAACUUCGGCCAGUUCCUCUAUCUCGUCCUCCACGACCACGAGAGGGCUGAGCACUACUUCAAGAGGGCGGUGCGAGCGGAGCCCGCGGACGCGGAGGCGCUGAGCCGGUAUGCAAUCUUCCUGUGGCUGGCGCGCAAGGAUCUGGCAGCGGCGGAAGAGACCUACCUGGAAGCCAUCGCCGCGGAUCCCGGCAACACCGCCCAUGCCGCCAACUAUGCGCAUUUCCUGUGGAGCACUGGGGGCGAGGACACCUGCUACCCUCCCGAUGGCGAUGUCGCGUAGCGGCGGAAAAGUAAUAGCAAAACUAGUCCAGCACUCGAGCAACGGACAAAACAACGCCGAGGGAACAUAGUAUUUGUAGCGGUAUAAAAAUAUAGUAAGCACCGAGAUGGCAAACGAAUACACGAUCGGAAAAGCAGGUGGCAGCUAUCAGGUUUUCUCGCUAUUUGUUAAUUGGAUUGUCUCCCUGUGGGGUGUGGGUGGGUGAGCUCUGGUUUGGAGAUUUUUGCCCGCCUGUGGGGAUGGGGCCGCCGGUCUUUCGUCGCCAUGCGAUCUCUUUGCUGCUGUGCAAGAGGCUUACGUACCUGUUGAGAACGGAGUGGGGGAGCGAGCCUCCUCCUUGUAAUUAGCAACGAUAAAAAAGUAAGGGGUCUUCCUCAACGGUGAUUCCGGCUUUUUCCGUAGCAAA